GUAUGAUACAACAUAGUAUCAAUAUGAGUUUUCACUCAAAUGUUUUGGACCUGCUUUGCAUCUUCGGUAUGAGGGAAACAUAAGUGCACAACGACGCAGUUCUUGAUUCUUGAGUGCAGCCACAGCACACUGGACAUCACCAUCAACAUAAGUAAAAGUUACAACAUGUAGUUGGGUCGAAACUGACGCGGCUGGAGAUUUGAGUGAUAGAAGAGGAUGGUUGCCGUGACAAGCAAUUUGGCAGACGGGAGCGACCAGGUUGAGUUAGAAGAGGACUUCGUGACUGCGUCCACAGCAAAUAAAGAGUUUCCGCCAAAACUGUCAACACCUCUGAAAAGAGAAGAAGCAGAGAAGCAAGGAUUCACUUUAGGGCUGCAAUUAUUUAGAGCGCAUAGCUUUUCCAACAAAAGCGCAUGAUCUCUGGUGACGUGCCAGAGACGAUCGAUAUGACGUCUACAUGAGCGAUCUGCGUGAUUCGAAGUCUAACCAUAGAAAACUAUGUAGUGGCGCUUCAUCUAAUUCCCGUCGUGGAAAAACUCCUCCGCGUAGUCCCUCUCGGUCCUAAGAUCCAGUGCGUGCCGAAUUUCGUAUCGGAUGACGAAAUCAAGCAUCUUCUGCACGUUGCGGACGAUAUUCUGGGAUGGCAGAAAAGCAGUACCAGCAAAGCAAAACAUUAUAAUGAUGAUUUCAACGAGAACGACGAAUCCGAAAACCGGACAAGCAGCAGUUGUUGCCUGCCUAGGCAUCAUGAUUCGAUAGUGAGGCGAAUCAUGAGGCGAGUAGCUGCAGUUGCGGAAAGCGAUAUCCGCUAUGUCGAGGACCUGAAUAUGCUUCGGUACAGAACAGGAGAGUUUUUCCGAGAUCACCAUGACGGUGGCUUCCGUAGCAAAACCGUCUUCGUGUAUCUGAAUAAUGUCGGAGGAGGACGAGGAGGUGCUGGGCAGGAGGCUGAUUGCGAUGGAAAGCGAAAAAUAGAUGAACAACAAGGUGAAGAGGAGCGACAUGAUGAAGGAACAACUGGCGAAAAUGCAGACGACGAAGGUAAAACUAAAGACAAAGUAGACUCCGGCGGACACACAGUCUUUCCGGCUUUGGGUUUGCGCAUUUCACCGUUGAAGUUAUGGCUUGAAGAUUAUCUUUAACCACGCCUAUCUUCGAAUCCUCGUCCACCCCAUCUUCAACAUCCCCCAUGAUCAUCCCCAACUACUUCGUUCUUUCUACUACUACGACUAGUACUACUCAUCAUCUAAUCCUGGGCUGCGCUCUUGUUUGGUCGAAUGUGGACGCUCAGGGGAACGCAGAUUUGGAUAUGAUCCAUAGGGGAGAGGCCUUAAAUUUGCCUGGCUCAGUGAAAUACGGAAUAAAUUGCUUUGUGAAUGUAGAACCUAUGGAAUAACUGAGGAGAAUUCAGUUCUUAACUCAAGGCAGUUUGGAAAUAGCUCUAAGCUUUGC